GAAAGAUGGCGACGGCAUACGCACCAGCGAGAGUCGACUGUGCCGGCGGGUAGAAAGUGCUCCAGAAAGACAACAAUCCGCCUCGCCUGCAAAGAUUUCACGGUGCAAACUCCUUCUGAUAUCGACUAGACAUGGUUUAGCCCAUGCACGGCUAGGAAGAAGAAGCCACCGCUUUGCUAUGGAGCCUCCGGAUCGCAACGAGACCAGCAGCCAGGCCACGUCAGGGGAAGAUGCAUCCCAAGAGAACUCUGAGAUGGAUGAAAAUUGGGACUCUCCCAGCGAGGAUGAUGAAGCUGUAUAUGGCACAUCACCUCCAUACUCUUCCCGUCAGAUGAAACGCAUGUCUGGCAAACAUCAAAGGAACAGUCAGGCAAAAAGUACUGGUCGGUCUCCCCACAAGGCAGAACUUAGCCCUUCUGUCCAGAGAGAGGGUCCCAGGCCAGUGGAGACUCCUGAGGAGCAUGGCUCCAGGCACGGCAAGAAGCAAAGGGCCACGCUGCGCUCCACAGAAAGAGACCACAAGAAGGCGUUCGAAGGCUCCUUUGUCCUGGAUCCACUGUCAAAGUCGAGCUCUUUUGUUCCAAUGAACAUGGAUCACAGGAAGCAUUACUUGAGCUUAAGCUCUAAACUUCCUGUAUCUAUUCCCCAUAUGGUCCGAACCCACCGCCAGACCUCUAGGACAGACUGUCCGGCAGACCGCCUCAAGUUCUUUGAGACUCUGCGUCUGCUGCUUAAGCUCACGUCUAUGUCCUCCAAGAGGAAGGAGAAGGAGCAGAGAGGCCUGGAGAACAGUGCCUUCAUGGGACACAACACUGAGGUCAUUUGGUUGGAGCUGCAGGCGUGGCAUGCCCGGCGCUCCACCAGUGACCAGGACCUUUUUCUUUUCACUGCCCGCCAGGCCAUCCCUGACAUCAUCAAUGAGGUGCUGCACUUUAAGGUGAACUAUGAUAGCCUAAGCGGGGCCCAGUGUUCAGGGCCUCAAACAAUCCAGACAGACUCUCAGCGUGUCCCAGAUCUACUCUGUGGAGAGGAGAAGGAGCCGGCUGUAGCAGAGACCAACCACUGUGGCUUCAGUGCCUGGCCUUCAACCACAAUGAGUGAAACGGAGUCUCUUGCAUGUGGCUAUGAUUGCAAGGAACCUCGUCAGCGCCAGCGAGUGGCAUUUGAACAGGUUAAGUGGGUUAUGGAGAUGCUGGAGUAUGUGGAAGCUUUGUACCCUUCUUUACAGGCACUGCAGAAGGACUAUGAAAAGUAUGCAGCACGAGACUUCCAGGGCAGGGUGCAGGCGCUCUGCUUGUGGCUUAAUAUCACCCAAGACCUCAACCAGAAGCUGCGAGUCAUGGCCACUGUCCUGGGCCUGCAUGACUUGUCCCGUAUUGGGUGGCCAGUCUUUGAGAUCCCUUCACCACGUUGCUCCCGUGGCAGUGAGGGAGAGGACAACGAAGACGAGGAGAAUGACUCCACAGCCACUUGCACGGCUGAAAGCGAAGGAGAGGACAGAGAUGCAGAGGAGGGGGAGUCGGGACAUGUAGCAGAGGAAGAUCUGUCUCCCACACUGACUCCUAAAUAUGCCCGGUUGUUGUCGGAGGACGAGUUUCUCCCCACUGCUGCUGCAGGAAGUGCAGAAGCCUCUGCGGGAGGGGGGGUGUUCUGCCCCACAUCCAUCUACAGACCAUUUGUGGAUAAAGCUCUAAAACAGAUGGGCCUGCGGAAACUUAUCCUCAGACUGCACAAACUGAUGGACCGCUCACUUCAGAGGUCCAGAGCGGCAUUGCUCCGCCACACAUCCACAAUGGAGUUCGCAGACUUUCCUGACCCCAUGCUGUACAGCGAUUACCUGCCAGAGCUGUCGAGACACCUGCCCAGCCGCGAGGCCCACCCCGAGCUGGGAGCAGACCAGGUUUCCUGGAAAGACCUGCUGGACAUGGACCUCCCAUCUUUCCAGCCGGCAUUCCUUGUUCUGUGCAGAGUCCUACUCAACGUCAUUCACGAAUGCCUUAAACUGAGACUUGAACAGAGACCGGCGGGGGAGCCUUCACUGCUCAGUAUCAAACAGUUGGUGCGUGAGUGUAAGGAGGUUCUUAAAGGGGGUCUUCUGAUGAAGCAGUAUUAUCAGUUCAUGCUGCUCGGUGUGGUGACUGACGCUCAGGGCUUGCAGACAAAUUCUAAUAUUGAUGAGUUUGAAGAGGACCUUCACAAGAUGCUGAUGGUUUACUUUGACUACAUGCACAGUUGGAUCCAGAUGUUGCAGCAGCUGCCUCAGGCCUCUCACAGCUUAAAGAACUUGUUAGAGGAGGAGUGGCACUUCACCAAGGUUAUUACUCCUUACAUUCGUGGAGGGGAAGCCCAGUCUGGGAAACUCUUUUGUGACAUUGCUGGGAUGCUGCUCAAAUCCACUGGAGAGUUUCUUGAUUCUGGCCUUCAAAAAAGUGGUAAUGAAUUCCGGGAAUGUGCCGCAGAUGACAGCACAGCCUCGGAUGAGUUCAGGCGAUCCGUUAUCGAGACCAGUCGGUCACUUAAAGAGCUGUUCCAUGAGGCCAGAGAGCGAGCAUCCAAGGCUCUGGGCUUUGCCAAAAUGCUUCGCAAAGACUUAGAAGUUGCAGCACACUUCAGUAUUACGAAUGGGGUGACUUGUCUGUUGGAGGCACUGAAAAAGAGAAACUAUGUCAAGGUUCAGAUUCCAGGCUUGGAAGAGCUGCAGGUCUUUGUCCCCUGUGGGUUGAUGGACCAACGGGCCCUCAUUCUCCAGCUCCUCAAUGCCGCUGCAGGCAAAGACUGCUCCAAAGAACCAGAUGAGCUUCCUGACGAUGAGGCCUACCUGCUCAUGAGUAAACAUGGCGCUGGGGACACAGCUACUGAUUCUGACUGGGCUCAGUGGGAUGGAGAGCUGCUCACACUGAUCCCUCAAAUGGAAACCGUUGACACUUUAAGGGCCAUGAAGGUGGAGAAUAUGCUUUUGAUAGUGAUGCAGUCUGCUCAUCUGGUGACCCAGAGGAAAGCCUUCCAGCAGUCCAUGGAAGAUGUGCUCAGUCUGAGCCGGGAGCAGACCUCUAGUCAGCCUCUUAUUGCAAUCGCUCUGGAGGAGCUGAAGAAUGAGGCACUCCAGCUAUGCAUCAAAAUCAGCAGUGCCAUUGACCAAGUAGAGCGCAUGUUCACCACAGAGUUUGAGCCAGAGGUGGAGGAGUCUGAGUCAGCCACUCGGCAUCAGUACUACAGGGAGGCUAUGAUACAGGGCUACAAUUUUGCAUUCGAGUACCACAAAGAGGUGGUUCGCCUGAUGUCAGGGGAGUUCAGGCAGAGGAUUGGGCAAAGCUACAUAGCUUUUGCCCGCAAAUGGAUGAUCUAUGUCCUGACCAAAUGUGAAAGUGGCAGGGGCACAAAGCCCAGGUGGGCAACACAAGGUUUUGAUUUUCUUCAGGCCAUUGAACCUGGCUUUAUCUCAGCGUUACCAGAGGAGGACUUCCUGAGUUUGCAAACUUUGAUGAAUGAUUGCAUUGGGCAUGUGAUUGGAAAACCGCAUAGUCCAGUCACUGGCCUAUAUAUUGCUCCCAGGAACAGCCCUCGCCCUGUAAAGGUGCCUCGCUGCCAUAGUGACCCACCUAAUCCCAAUCUGUUCAUCCCUAACACUGAAGGUUUCAGCUCUCGAAGUCUCCCCUGCGACCUCCGGAACCAGCUGUUCCCCAACGGCCCUCGGCCCGUCCCUCAGGGCCCGGGGGACCACAGCCACACCAAAGCACCCGGCAGCACCCCCAAUGAUACCAGCAGAGGAUCCAGUUACCAUGAGAAUGACCGCCUCUCGUCAGUUGCAGCGGAGCUGAAUUUUAAAUCUCUGAGCCGCCACUCCAGCCCCACCGAGGACAGGGAAGAGCCCUCCUAUCCUAAGGGAGAUCCUAACACUGCUGCACGUAAAAGCUGGGAGUUCCGCACAUUUAUCAACCAAUCUAAGGACACAGCAGCACGGCAGAGCCCCAUGGAGGCCGUCCAUCGCUCUAUCCGCAAGUUUGAGGAAAAGCGCUAUGCCAUGAUGAAGCAGCGCAACAUCAUUGGUCAAGUGUGUCACACACCCAAGUCCUUUGACAAUGUCAUGCAUGUCGGGCUCAGGAAGGUGACCUUCAAGUGGCAGAGGGGCAACAAGAUAGGUGAGGGCCAGUAUGGGAAGGUGUACACCUGCAUCAAUGUUGACACUGGAGAACUAAUGGCCAUGAAGGAGAUCCGAUUUCAGCCAAAUGAUCACAAAACUAUCAAGGAGACGGCAGAUGAGCUAAAAAUCUUUGAAGGCAUUAAACACCCAAAUCUGGUGCGAUACUUUGGAGUCGAGCUCCAUCGGGAGGAGAUGUACAUCUUUAUGGAGUACUGUGAUGAGGGCACUCUAGAGGAGGUGUCCAGACUGGGGCUGCAGGAACACGUGAUCAGGCUCUACAGUAAACAGAUCACUACAGCCAUCAACGUCCUGCAUGAACACGGCAUCGUCCACCGGGAUAUAAAGGGAGCCAACAUUUUUCUGACAUCUUCUGGUCUGAUUAAGCUUGGUGAUUUCGGCUGUUCAGUGAAGUUAAGGAACAACACUCACACCAUGCCAGGGGAGGUAAACAGCACACUUGGAACAGCUGCAUACAUGGCACCUGAAGUUAUUACCAGAGCAAAAGGUGAAGGUCAUGGCCGAGCAGCAGACAUCUGGAGUUUGGGCUGUGUCCUCAUAGAGAUGGUCACGGGAAAGAGGCCGUGGCACGAGUAUGAGCACAACUUCCAGAUCAUGUACAAAGUGGGCAUGGGUCACAAACCCCCCAUCCCGGAGAAGCUGAGUACAGAGGGGAAGGACUUCCUCUGCCAUUGCUUGGAGAGUGAACCCAAACGCCGCUGGACAGCUAACAUGCUGCUAGACCACCCGUUUGUCAAGGUCUGUACAGAUGAGGAGUGAAUGAAACUUCCUCUGUGGCUCCUACGUUUACAAAUUAAAGCACUACUGUACAUGCUGUUGGCAAAAGCAUCAAGGAACUGUGGACAUGGAGAAGUGGACGUUACAGCUGAAGGCACAUGAAGUUAAACUGAGGAACUAAUACAUUAUCAUUUCACAGGGACAACUGGACCUAUUAGGCAUAGGGUUGUGUCUUUAUGUAUUGGGGUGGGACUGUACAUACUGUAAGAAUAGGAUUGGCUUUAAAACUUGUAAAACAAUAUUGUAAAGUUAAAGUAACUAUUGAAACAUUUGUUGUUCUCACUGGCUAAGAGACCUCUGAAAAGGCAUUGAGGAGGAUUUUUUUAAACAAGUGGGAUGGGUUAGGGUGGGAGGACAAAAUCUAUGGCACUUUUAAACUGUUUACCCACGGGGACAGUUGAGUAGAGGAGGGAGGAAUCAUAUUACAGAUGCCCUUUGAGGCUGUCGAAGGGUGCGGUAAGCCUCGCUGAAUGGAAGGAGAUGCUGGUUCACUGGUUUACCUUUUAUGAAAUGAACACCAUCCAAAUAUUUGGAUUAAUUUAUCACUUGUCUUUCGGCGAGUGUGAGCACUUGGAAGGAUAUUUUAAUUUUUUUAUUAUUAUUAUUAUUAUUAUUAAUAUUAUUAUUUUGCCAUUGCUGAGUAGGAAAUUUCAAGUUGGAGCAAUGUUCAAGCCUACAGGUUUCCAGUGAAGAGUCGUUCAUGGGACUGGAGUGUAGCCAACAAAGGAGAAAUGGAGCCUGCUCUCCCUCCCCGCUGCUGAACACACAACAUUCACACAUCCAAACACAGAUGCUGACAUGCACGACAACAUUCGGUCCUCUGCUGCUUAUACAGUGUUUGCUAUGUACAAACAAUAUUAAUAAACCAAUCUUUUUUUAAGGGAAAAACUGUUUUCUGCAACCAUGAACACUUAUAGACCACAGUUUAUCAGAAGCCCAGGUCAGUGUGAAGGGCAGAGGUCAGUGCUCCAGAUGAGUGCCACCAACAAAUUCUCCCCAUAUGACAUUCAUAGCUUCAGCUAAGUUAAUCUUAAGGAUAAAAAGCGUUUGAACAGAAGAAAUGGGGAAAGAGGUCAAAUUUCCAAAAUUUCCUUUGAAGUAUGUUCCUUCAAAGCAACACUAGACUGUCACUGUAAAAUAAUUAUCAAGCAGUCGUCCAACAGAUGGUGAAGACUUCUAAUCGCUGUCUGUCGUGCUUUCUCUCAGCUCCACUUCUAGAAAAGAAAUUUCAAGAAGAAGCACAUCUGACCCUUAAUUGGAACGCUAAGGCAGCUCUUUCUUGGCAAACGCUUUGGAAAGAUUUCAGCUUAAAACACAUGAAGGAGCUACAUCACGUGUAGUCGUUUGUAAUUCUUCAGUUGUGGUAAAAUGCUUGUUUUACUUCUGGAAGAAACAGUGUCCACACUGACUCCGUGGGCAAAUUUGAUUUGUUUCUUCAUCUAGCUUAAAGAUGUUUCAAAUAUAAAAUUCUAAAUGUGAAAUGGUAAAACUCAUUUACAACAUUCGGACUCGGUUCCGUCCAAAUUAGUCUCCAACUGAUUGGUAUGUAAUUGAUCCUCAUUUGAUCACUUUAACACUGGCAUGUGCUUCCCUCUAGUGUCCGAGAUCAGUGUGACACUGUAUCACGUCUACAGUCAUGAAGCUAAAAUAUAAUUAAAACCUAUAGAUUUGCCUAAGACUAAACACUUACCAACAAACUCAAGGUUUAGGCUAUGUAUUGUCUUUCGAUGUUGAACUCUUACUUGGUCAUUAAUAUUAUAAAGCUGGUACUUUA